AUGAGAAGAAUCGACGAUAGAUGGACUAAACGAACGCUAGAGUGGAUCCCAAUGGACGCUAAACGCCCCCGAGGGAGACCGCCAACGAGAUGGGGUGACGUGUUCGCUGCACGGAUGGACCAGCUGAGACCUCAGCUGGAAACGGCUCAAGGACCUCGUCAACGUCACUCACGAAGCUUGAGAACAUCUUGGAUGACAAUGGCGAGGGAACGAAACGAGUGGAAGAGAUGCUGGGGCCCGCACGUCCAGUCCAGAAGGCGGGCCAUCUAA